UUCCGAAAACGCCAGUGGUAGCCCUAGGAUCGUGCGAGCGGGCAAGAAAAUACGGAGCAUUUCGAACAGAUACGGCCCGAGCCCGCUCAAAGAUGGCCGCGUCCCUGCCGCAGCGGAAGCGAAGCGCGCGUGUUUCGGAUAUUUUUGUUAAACCAUCGCCAUAUUGUUUUUAUUGUCUCCAAUAAUCAUAAUUAGAAUUUACAAACAACCAUUUGUUAUACAAACACGAUAUAACAAUUAAAAGUACGCGCACCGAUUACGUAGUCAUGGCGUAGUUUUUUUUUAAAGACUUGCGAUUGUGACAUUAUGCCACGGAUUUCAGUAUUGUUAUUUGUUAUUUGAAAUUAUCUGAAAUCGAUCUAGCGUAUAGUGAACAGGUUUCGUGUAGUGAUGUGCUAAAAAUAAGGUGUUGAAAACUUACUGUGUUUAAAAUUAGUGCAUAUUUUAAGCUCAUGUGGUAAUUGAAAGCUAAUUAUUGUGUUGUGACUAAUUAACGUAUACUUUCUCCGAUUUGUGAUGUGCUAGUGAUUACGUGUCCUUUGUCUGGAUUUGCAAAUAUGGAUAAGCCCUCGUUUAAGCUGGUCGGGGCUCCAUGCGGCCAGCACGGGCAGUACACCUUCUACAAGGCCCUGAGGAUCUCGGGGCGGAGGGAGCGCAUCAUCGCCAUCGGGGACUUCUUCUUUGUCAGGAUCUGGCAGGACUCCGAGCUGGUCUCCAUAGGCGAGCUGCAGCUGCUGUGGACCGACCGCGUCUCGGACCAGACCCUGGUCAGCCUGAGGCUGUACUUCCUCCCGGAGAACACUCCUGACGGCCGCCACCAGCACGGACAGGACGAGGUGUUAGCCAUAAACGACAAGGUGGUGCUGAAGGCCGAGGACCUGCUGUCCUGGGUGUGCGGCGGCGAGGAGUGGCGCUGGGGGCUGCGCGCCGUGUGGCGCGGGGACUGCGCGCCGCCGGCGCACCCGCGCCGCUCGCAGCCGCUCCACCACACCCGGCUCGACUUCAGCGAUGUUGAGAAGGAGAAGAACGCCAUAAGCGAGGACGCCGAAAGUCCCGGCGUGGUGGUAUUCUCGUACCCUCGGUACUGCCGGUACCGGGCGCUCCUCUCCCGGCUCGAGGGCAUCCAGGGGGACUGGCUGAGGGACAGUUUAGUUUGUGCGCUGGGCGGCUACGCAGCUCCUACCAAGAACACCAGGAUACUGUACUGCAAGGACACAUUCGAGUACCCAGAGCUUGAAGGGCACGAGUUCGUCUGCAACCAGCUCGCGCCGAAACUGAAGGGGCGACCGCGGGGCAGGCGUCGGAAACGGGCCUCCAACCACUCUCCGUCUCUCUCCGACAGAUCUAGUGACAGCGACUCGCAGAAACGCGUCGAGCAACCUGCUGAGCCUCAGCCGCCGCGGCGGCUGUCGCUCCGCAACGGCGCGCCGGGGCGGGGGGCGGGGUACAGCGACGACGACGACAAGGAGGCCAGCGCCGAGGACCGGACCUUCCUCGACCACCUCAAGCACUUCUACAAGCAGAGGGGAGAGGCCUUCAAACCCGCACACUCGCUAAAAGACCUAUCGCUGAGAGCACUAUAUCACUCCGUGACAAACGCUGGGGGCUACGAAUCGGCCUGCAGGCACAAGUUAUGGCGACAGAUCCACCCCCCUCAGCCCAACACCGCGAGACGACAUUACGAGAGAUUCCUGCUACCCCUGGAGAAGCACGAAGUGUCCGUCGGACUCCGAACGUUGCCCAAGCUGAACGGGGCCGUCGAGCAACCCACCGUCACCAUAGAGCUGGCGGAUAGCAGAGAACCGAGUCCCGUACCGAAGGAAGAGGCCAAGGACUUCAGCGUCACGUCCAAACCUGCUGAAGAGCUGAACAGAGAGUUCUUGGACUCUUUACCGCCGAAGGAGGAAAAUAAAGUAAGAUUUCUAACAUAUAUCUCGUUAGUACUGUCCGAAACGAGGAGAUACUUAAGAGUCACCAUAGAGCUGGCGGACAGCAGGGAACCGAGUCCCGGCCCGAAGGAAGAGGCUAAGGACUUCAGCGUCACGUCCAAACCUGCUGAAGAGCUGAACAGGGAAUUCCUGGACUCCUUACCGCCGAAGGAGGAAAAUAAAGUAAGAUUUCUAACAUUUAUCUCUUUAGUACUGUCCCAAACGAGGAGAUACUUACCAGGAGUAUAUGAGACAGUAAGAGUCACCAUAGAGCUGGCGGACAGCAGAGAACCGAGUCCCGUACCGAAGGAAGAGGCGAAGGACAUCAGCGUCACGUCCAAACCUGCUGAAGAGCUGAACAGAGAGUUCUUGGACUCCUUACCGCCGAAGGAGACAGUAAGAGUCACCAUAGAGCUGGCAGACAGCAGGGAACCGAGUCCCGUACCGAAGGGAGAGGCGAAAGACUUCAGCGUCACGUCCAAACCGGCUGAAGAGCUGAACAGGGAGUUCUUGGACUCCUUACCGCCGAAGGAUGAAAAUAAAAUGAAAAUAAGCGUGAAGCCGGUGGAGAAGCUUCUAGAAGAGCCUAAGAAGGAAAAGCAGGAGCCGCAAGAUUCCUUCUACUCCGAACUCAAGGCUAAACUAAAUCUAGGCAACGCGGACAGUAAGUUCCUGACGGAGAUAGCGACGGCGCAACAGGAGCUGGUGUCGAGCAGCGCGCUCAGUUCCCUGUCGAGUCUCGUCAACGGUCACACGCUGCCCAAAGACCAGAGUCGGCCGGCGGGUGCGACGCCGGCGGGGGGAGGGGCGGGGGCGCCCACGCGCAGCUCGCUGCGCGCCGUGCGCGUCAAACCUGCGCGUGCGCAGCAUAACGCGCCCGCCAGCACGCCGCCCGGGUCCCUGAGGCCGGACUCGGCCUCGUCCUCCCCGCCGGCCUCGGUGGCCUCCGGCCCCGGCCCCGUCACCAACUUCGGCAUCCACCACCCGCCGCCGCCGCCCGCGCACAGCGACGACGAGAUCGUCGAGGUCCCGUACAAACCCAAAACGCCAGAGAUCAUAGACUUGGACGAGUACCCGGAGAGCCCCCAGGCCGUCAAGAAGAAGAAACUAGACAUCCUCAAGGAACGAGGCCUCGAGGUCACCGCCCUCCCCGGAGCCCCCGCCUGGCCCCCCACCCCCCCUGCACCCCCCCUCCCGCCCCUCGUGCUCGCCCCCGCCGUGCAGCACCAGAUCAUGACGCAGGCCCAGAUCUUCCAGAUGUACAACAUCAUCCCCCCCGCCUACCCCAACGGCGCACCCCCCAAAGUCAUCCAAGCAACUAGCGCUUUUGGAUCUUCGGGCCCAGAGAAAACGGUGUACGGGAACCCUAAGGACCCCUUCAUGCCGCCCCCCCACGUGUUACUCGGAACCCCUCUUAAGCCGCAGAGAAACAGCACGGCCGCGGUACCCUCCACCCCCCCGCAGGAUAUAUUAGACUUGACUUGCAAGACGGUCCCGAAACCCGCCGUAGAAAUAGUGAGAAUCCCGAGCGUCCCCUCCCCCUCCAAAGUUCCCCCGCAAAAUUUAACUAAAAACUACACUCUAAUAGACGGGAAAGCUGUCGUGGGCUCCAAUUUGGAAAUAACCCUCGUGAACCCCAAAUCCCAGACCCCUACUAAAUCUAGACAGCAGAAACGGUCUUCGAACGGUAAAUUCGUCCCUGCAAAAACUCCGACCCCCCCUAAGGAGUAUCCGAAAUCUUACACCAGCCCUUCGCAGUCUAAGAAACCUCCUAUAGUAGUCCCGAAUUACCAGGUGAAUCCGAGAGACGACGUCUCCCCUACAUCCUCCACCGGCUCGGGAAACUCCCAAACGAAUUUACUCCAAAACAACAUGCUGCAGAACGUUUUUAAGGGCCAGAAUAGCUUGCAACAGAUGAUGGAUAUGCAGAAAAAUGUUCCUAGCAUGCCAUAUGUAGACCCCAUGUACAUGAGCGCGUUAUAUAGCAGUCUCGCCGGUUCCAUGGACCAGAGGCAGUUGGCCAUGUACAGGGAUUUCAUGGCGAAUCAGUUUAGGGGGUAUUCUGGGCUUUUGGGGGUGACGCCGACAACGAAAAAUUAAUCUAGUCUCUGUGUGAUAAAUUAUUUCGCGCGGUUGUAAAAAUGACAGUAUUUCUGUGGCUUUGGAAGGGCAAAUGAAGAUUAAUUUAUGUUUUAAACUUGAAACCUGUUUUAGAUUCUAAUUACUAAAUGUAUGAAUGUUGAUGGCCAAACAAAUUGUAUAUUACAUAGAUUUAAGGUAGAUAAAUGGGACUUGGAAUGGCGGGAGCAUAAACAGGUUUUAAGGAAUAUUUAAGAAAUCGCUGUCAUUUUUACCAGUCGCGGUCACCUUUUGGCUUAAUCGAGGCGGUAUCGUGCAUCGUGUAAGGUUAGGCUGUCGAGAAACUGUC